GGAGAGACCCGCUGGCCGUGGGGAACUGAGGCCCACCAUUGAAGGUGAUCUUGCUCUGCUCUCCUCUACGGUGACCUGUUUAUCAACUUAAUUGCUUGAACUCCUACCUGCUGUCUCAUCAUGCCUCGAGGUCAAAAGAGUAAGCUCCGUGCCCGUGAGAAACGCCGCCAGGCCCGCCAGGCCCGUGCUAAGACCCAGACCCAGGGUCUGGAGGGUGCUGAGGCUAUUGCAGCAGAGGAAGGAGAGCUCUCCUUCUCUGCCCAUCCUGUCCUGGAAGGCAGCCCCCAGAAUGAGCCUGCUACUGAGACACCUAGCACUUCUCAGGAAAUCCCAUCUAGCACCAGUGAUACUGCUGGAGCUGCUUCAGGCGCUGAUUCAAAUGAAGGUGCCAGCAAACAAGAUGAGGAAAGCUCAGAAUCCGCAAAGGCCUUGGAGAGCUUUCGCAGAGAUCCUUUAAACAAGAAGGUGGUUCUGUUGGUGCAGUUUCUGCUGAAGAAGUAUCAAAGUAAAGAGCCAAUUACAAAGGCAGAUAUGCUGAGGUUGGUUAUCAAAAAGUACAAGCUUCAUUUCAAUGAGAUCCUGAGAAGAGCCUCUGAGCACAUGGAGCUGGCCUUUGGUAUUGAUUUGAAAGAAGUGGAUCCCAUGAGGCACUCCUAUGCCCUUGUCAGCAAGCUAGACCUCACCUUAGAUGGAAUGACGAAUGAAGAGAACCUGCCCAAGACUGGCCUCCUGAUGAUUGUUCUGGGUGUGAUCUUCAUGAAAGGCAAUUGUGCCCCUGAGGAAGCUAUCUGGGAAGUGAUGAAUAUGAUGGGUGUCUAUGCUGAUAAAAAGCACUUAAUCUAUGGGGAGCCCAAGAAGGUUAUCACUGAAGAUUUGGUGCAGCUAAAGUACCUGGAGUACCGCCAGGUGCCCGACAGUGAUCCUCCACGCUAUGAGUUGCUUUGGGGUCCAAGAGCCCACGCUGAGACCAGCAAGAUGAAAGUCCUGGAGUUCUUAGCCAAGAUCUAUGAUACCGUCCCCAGUGCCUUCCCAGUCUGGUAUGAAGAAGCUUUGCGAGAUGAGGAAGAGAGAGCCCUAGCAAGAGCUGCAGCCAGGGCUCGUAUUGCUAUGACUGCACACUCUCGGGCCAUGGCCAGCAGCUCUUCCCACACUAAGUGAAGUCUGAGGUUAUAUUUCAAAUGUUGACGUCUGAGGCAGAUUGUUUUCUUUGUGGAAGAAAAGAGCAGUCAACAUUCUAAGUAGUGGAUGGCCAGGGUGGAUCUGGAAGGAACACAGUAUUUCUGUUGAGUGUGGUAAACUUUAGAGUUUUAUCUUUUUUCUUUCUUUCUUUUGUUACAUUUUAAUUGUUGAUUCUUUAACAGAAGGUUUAAAUCAUUUCAGAAUCUAAAUGUACUAAUGAUUUUAGUUACAUGCUUAUUUCUUGUAAUAGAUUUAAGAUUACAAAUUUUAUUAUUUUAUAAAACAAAUUGGGGAAACCUUUCAUAUUUACUGAAACAUGGCAUUGUAAUAGGCAUUUCCAUGGGACUGUUAAAAAUAUGAGCAGUGAAUUUAUUGGGAUCAAAAAAUAGAGGGGGAAAAGUCAAAGAUGUUCAGUUCUUGGUUUCCCUUAUUCAUUUUAAUCUGUUGUUCUAUAAAAAUAAAAGCUACAUACCUGGAUUUUCUUAGCUUACUAAAGAAUGUAGGAGAAAUAAAAUGUUUAUAAACUAGAA